UUUUUCAGGGAUCUCCAGGUCCUGAAAGUGACACCAGAGUUGAGAGCCAGGCCAGGAACCAGAGGGAGCAAUGCAUCUUCCCAUCCCUGUUGUGGUACUUCUGCCAGCCCCAGGGGCAGAGCCCCCCAGCCCCUGCUGGCUGCAAGCUGUGCCCCCAGGACUGGCAGCUCCGUGGGGAGAGAUGCUACUGGCUCUCCAAGGAAUCGGGGAACUGGACUCGGGGCAGGAAAAGCUGCGAAGAUCAGGGCUCCGAGCUGGUGGUGCUCAAGAACGAGACAGAAAUGGAGAACGUCGAGAGUGUCACAAGUAGGAUCUCGUGGUCGGUGUGGGUCGGGUUGAGGUCGCGGCAGAAGGAGUGGACGUGGGUGGAUGACACCCCCUACGACCCCCACAGGUUUGGGGUCCUGCAGGAGCCGGACAAAGGGUUCUGUGGGACCCUGAAAGGCAAGAACUUGGAGGUUGAUGGCUGUGCCAGUGACCACACGUGGGUUUGCCAAAAAGCCCCUUUCCAGCUCUCCUCGCCCAUGGUUGGGAAGCUGGAUGAUGCCUCCACCUGACACACUCGGGCACGGACCUCGUGUGGUACAAAAAAAAAAUUUAUUACAAUUUUUUCAUGGUUUAUCCACCUCAUUACAUCAGCAGUAAAUUCCUGUUAGUGACUUUUCUCUAUAUCUACUUUUUAGUUAAACAUUCUCUGCACAGGAGAAAAAUACUCCCAAGCAAUUUCACACACACACGGAUUUAUCACCACAUCUGCAUUUAUCUUGCAAGUUCCCCUUAAGUUUC